UUCUUCUGAAACCUUCACUCCGGUUUUCACUCAAGAAGGAAGCCAUGGGAGGCUACCUUUCAGUACAGAGCAAAGAAAAGCGUCGCCGCACCAAUCGGCUUUCAAAACCGCCUCCGAAUAGGGCAACGCUAGCUUCAAACAGCUUCCGCGCAUCUCGUCAAACUUCCGGCACCAGCUCUCCUAUAGAAUGCCCUGCUUGUACUGCUUGGCAAGACCCUUGGACCGGAACUUCCAUCUCCCUCAAGGCCCCCGAGCCUGAUGUAUGCACAAGGAGGUCGCAGUCUCUUCCAUCUGCCUCCUAUCGACCUGGGGAGCCAUGGCCCACUCUCAGCAGGGCCCGGAAAUGCCAGUCUAUGGUCAAAGAGCCAGAUGAUUUUAGUCUGUACUCGCCCGUUCCUACCGUUCCUAUGCCAGAUCCCGUUAUGAGCGGUCAAGUCUCUCGCCGUUCUUCCAGACACAAUAGCUUUCAGGCAACAACCCUCCCAAGUCGAGCACAACCAUUGAUGGCACGGCCACCGCGACCAAGACGGGCGUAUUCUGCGCACACCACACCUCAGAGGGCGCAAAGUACUAUGCAUCAUAGUACAAUCGAAGAGGCAACGUCUUCUAAUACACUAUUCAGGGUAGACAGCCAAGGAUUUUCUCUCAUCCGUCGACGAUCGCUGCUAACACGGCCCGGGAUCGCAACAAGAAGGCCAGCAAGAGAUACAGCCCGAAGAUUAUCAUCACCAGUUGUACGGGAACCCACGAUGUCACUCAACUAUUUGAACGAGACAUCUGCAUUUCCAAGGCCGUUACCAUCCGGUUACGAAGAUGCUGCUGGAUCACCUAGUCCGGUUACCCAGUUCCGUCCAGCAACACCCAAUGAGUUCGAAUAUACUCAUUUAGGGGCUCUCAAGUUGGGAUCAUUGCGUGUGGUAAAUGGUUCUGCAUCUCCAUGCCCCAGUGACAGGACUCGAUUGAACCGUCCCAACAGCCCGAAUCCUGAACCUACUGGCAUUCACACGCUUGAUACGAAGCCGGGAGAGCCCCAGCAGUAUACCCACAAGGUGCCAUACCAUAUGGAUCAGAAGCCGCAGUUAGCUUCUGAAAGUGCAGACGAGCAAUCCCACAAUGCUGAGAUUGUGCAAGACAGCGGACAUGAAGUGGAUCUAACCAGCUUUGAUCUAUCGAACAUCCAGGACUAUGCCUCUGAGAGUGCAAUUGAGCAAUCCCGGAAAGCUGAGAUCGUCCGGGACAGCGCACUUGAAAAAGUUGAUCUAACCAGCUUUGAUAUCUCAAACAUCCAAGACUAUGCUCCGGUUCCAUGUAAUGAUACUGCCCGUGUUCCAAAGUUACAGAUUCCACCUACUGAAGUGGGAAAGCCUGACGAUCACCCUGCAAGUCCAUUUUCUUUCGAGAGAUCUCCAGCAAUCUCAACACCGUACAAACUUCGUGGUAGUGAAACAGAAGAUGAAGGUAUCUCUGUCGCUGAUGAGGAGAAAUGGUUUGUCCGCCAGCUUGAACGUUCCUUCCGAGACCACGGGCAUCAAGAACUCCAAGGUGCUCAUGGAACGGUUGACAGUGGAUAUAGUUCCGCAGCCUCCGUUCGUUCCACUAGACGAUCGACUGAUUCUCGCACAUCCACACACCAACCUGCAGUGGCCCGCAGAUUCACAUUCAAUGGUAAUUCAAGGGACCGCGGGCUUUUGGAUGCCAGGAACAGCCCAGAACUUGGCUACGAGCCCUCGGUACACCGUCAUUCAAGCCUUCAGGGUCCAUGGGCAAGGCCCAGAGUUGACAGCUAUGGCUGGCCGUCCCACAGAUGGUCAAUGUGUCAUGACCUCCGACCGAUGCCCCCCAAACCGCGCCUAAGGAGCGGUUCAUUCGCGACUCCUCCGGAAUAUCGGCAUACAAUGCCCUACUCUCAAUAUUGCCACCAAUUGAGGAGCCUCGAUAAUGCCUCUCCUGGCCUGUCAGUUGCCUCUGCAGAUGCUAUACCUCAUCAAUACCCCCAAUGGGAGCAUGUCGGAGCAUUCUUAGCUUCAUCGGAGAAAAGCUGGAAACAGCCCAUGACUACAGUGACGGAGCACGACGUGCCGGGUAGCAGCAGCACGAUGAGCACUGCGUGGCUACCAAUGCCAAAUAUUGAUGCACUUCACGUGCCAAUCCCAGAGAGCGUGAAAGGCUUGGAUACAGGGAGACCGGUAUCUGGACAGUUCAGAGGAAGAACUAGGAGCCGAAGUAUUGAAAGUCAGCGGAAGAGGCUGACGAGGCAUGCUAAACAUCCAGAUCUUUACAAGGCCGCUUCACCAACUAUCUUUCGUUGAUGCAAUGGCUUUUUCCAGCUUUCUCAUUCACUUGUGCGUCACUAUUUGGCAGCAUCCUUCCACCUGCAUGAUAUGCCACCAUUCCCUUUCGAAAUGUUUCUUUUCCGAUUAGUCUUCUGCUUCGGUGCCGGGGUUUCCACUUUGAAGUCUAGCGGGCGGAUAUCUCCUUUACGGCGCCAACUUGGUCUUGGUUCUUCUAUUCAUUCGUUUCCACUGCUUUACAAAUACCCAUUUGGUAACCUGGAUGAUUGUUUGUGCUUCAUUUUAUAUAGUACUAUAUCAGAGUUCG